AGAUUAGCAGGGGGAUAUGAUCUUGUCGCGAGCAUUACGACCACUCCUCUCCUCCCUCCCCUAUCAAGCUGCAACAUUCUUCCCAGAGAAGAAAAACCCGCCUUAUUGGCUUGAAAACCUCGGCAAACCCGGAAAAGAGAAGAAAUUUCCCCGACUCUACCCUUGGAUCCACAAAGUACAGCCACAGAAACUGUUACCAUGUGACGAUGAACAGCCCUAUCCCGUUACUAUCAAAUCUUUUGAUCACGUCGAUAGAAAGCGACAGAAACGGUCGCGAGCAAAAGAAAAGAAGAGAGAAAAGGUUAACAUUAUAACUGAGAACGAAGUUAAAAUUGUGGUUGUUAGUAAUAAUAUAAUGGGGCGGUGGAAGAAACUCCAUCCCAUAAUAAAGCAGAUAAACAAGAAGCCGUUAGACCACGCUAUUCUACAAUGCUAUUUCAACAGUAACUGGAGCCCCAGAUACAGAGACACCCUCACUACACUGCUAAAUGCUCGACGGAUAGCAAAAGAAGGGGGAAUAGAAGAUACCAGCAAUUUGUGGAUUGAUUACGCAACUUGUGCUAGAUAUCAAACAGAUAAAAACGGUUUGACAGUUCAUGCAAAGGGAAUGCAAGGGAGUUUAGUGAGAUAUUGGUCAAAUCUAUCUGUUACUGUCGUCAAAGGACCUCCCAAUAAAAAGAAGGAAUUCAAGGGUGAAGUUCAUCACGAACAUUAUGCAAAGUAUUUACCACCUUUAGAAAUACAGGAAAGUAAAACGUACCGUUGAAACGGAGUUGAUGUUUUAUGGUGAACUGUUUAUAAUGUGAUGUUCUUUGUUUAAAGAUUAAAACUCGAAGCAAUAUAUUAUUUUUAGAAUUUCUAAUUGCUUUCAUGCCUUCUGUUUUCUAUUUCGGUACAUUUGGUUUAAGAAUCGGAAUUAGUAACAUGCUCAUAUUUAGGGUUUUAUAUUCAAGGAGCAUUUUAAUUUAUUUCUUGUGAACUGGAGUAUGAGAUUUUUGUGAAACCUUCACAAACCAGAUUGUACAUAUUUAGAAAAGUUGUAAAUUACAUUCUAUCGCUUAGUUACAAUACUAACAAAACUAAAUACUGUACUGCUUUCAACUAUUCAAUGGUGC